GCAGCACGUAAAACACGGGCCUAUUGCUGCUACAUGUCGACACAUGUCCCUUAUCACCGGCAUACACAACGCUACAGUGUUUUUAAACACAAAACAAUGGUAGAUCGGAAAUCUAAACGAACGAUGGUACACGGACAAUGUGUUAUGUAAUAGCGGGGAGAAAAUAGAAAACGGCGCACUAACAAUUAGGUCGACGUGAGUUGGAACGCUGCCUCUAUGCCAUGUAUCUUCUCCUGGUGAUCCUGCUGUGUGUGCCGUGGCUGGUGUCUGUAGGACAGGUGUCUGGCAUGCAAGAGGUCUGGUGCCCGUCUGAUGACCACGAGUGUAGCUUCGAUCUGGUCGUCGACUACGGCUUGACCUUGAUGUGGAGGUCAAAGCUGGCCAAGGUCAUCGAUGGACAUCUCUACCUGUUCGACGUCACGAAUACGUCACAAGAAACGGAGAUUCCCCUUGAUGACGUCAUCACGGCUGAUGGCUACGACGAGCCGCGGUUUGUGAUGACGUUUAACGGGACCAUACCAGGCCCCGCCCUGCACGUGACCAGUGGUCAGGUGGUCAGGCUCAGGGUACACAACAACAUGAUGCACGAGACGACGUCCGUCCACAUACACGGCCAAUACCAACGAGGGACACCGUUUAGUGACGGGGUGCCUUACGUCACACAGUGUCCUAUCUUACCUGGACAAAUCUUCGAGCAGGUGUUCGUAGCCGACCCCCAGGGGUCAUUCUUCUACCACUCCCACAGCGGUCCCCAGAUGACCAACGGACUGUACGGAGCCUUCAUCGUCCAUCCCAGGGUGAGUCAGGGGUCUGCGACCAGUGCCACCCAGCUGCCGGCCGUGGAGAUGGACGAACACAUCCUGAUGGUCCAGGACUGGAAUCAUGACUGGGAUUCGAACCUCAUGACAGCCAAGAUGAGGUUCGGCAUAUUUUCGGGCGGGCAGAAAUACAAGAGUACAAUGACUCACGCUGGGGUCAGAUACAGUGGUUUCCCCUUUCACUCCGGCCUCAUUAACGGCAGAGGGCGUUUUUACAGCGUUGAUGGUAACCAUAACAACGCUCCUUUGUCAGCUUUUAAUGUAACAUCAGGGAAAAAAUACAGGUUUAGACUGUUUAACCCAAGCGACAUCUACCCGUUCCGCGUGUCUGUAGACUCCCAUCGUCUGCUCGUGACGUCAACAGACGGCAAUGACGUCAUCCCGGUCUCGGUCCAGUCCAUCAUCAUCCACCCAGGAGAAAGAUUUGACGUCAUCAUAGAGGCUUCCCAGCCCGUGAGCAACUACUGGAUUAGGGGGGUCACACUGGAGAUCAACGUAAACCACACAGCUGAAGCUAUACUUCACUACCAGGGGGCGCCAGAAGGAUUCGAACCCACGACCACGGACUGGGCCUGCUCCCCGGACGAGCCGUGUCGGGUGUUAAACUGUCCCUUCAUGUUCUACCCCUCUGGUGCUCACACGAUGUGUCUCAACGUCGACAAGAUGCAGGCUGCGGAGGCUAGACUUUUACAGCCUGAAAAAGACCGGGGUGUCGUUGAAUUUUUCCUCAACUUUGGCUUUCCUGGGCACCACGAGACUCCGUCCUCGGUCAACGGGAGGGCCUUCGUCAGUCAGGUGGUGAACCCUUUGGCCAAGAGCAACCACCCCCUGAAGACCUGCGACAGAGAGGAUUGUGGGAACAACAAGGUCUGCCACUGCCCCUAUCACGUGACCUACUCUCAGGGUGACCUGGUGCAGCUGGUGCUGCUCAACAUGGGCCAGGGCAGCGGCUGGGACCAUCCGGUGCACAUGCACGGGCACUCGUUUCAGGUAGUCAAGAUGGGCUACCCAACCUACAACAGCAGCACCGGACAAUUUGUUGCGGAGAAUCCGGACAUUGACUGCGGCCCCGGCACACAAGGCAUGCCAAGCUUCUGCAACUCUGCCAGGUGGGCCAACACAUCCUGGGAAUCGGGCGCUGUCCCGGGGGUGGAGCUGGAGCGGGCCCCGAUAAAGGACACGGUCGUGGUGCCCUCUGGAGGAUAUGUCGUCAUCAGGUUCAAGGCCGAUAAUCCGGGAUUAUGGUUAAUCCACUGCCACCUUGAGCUCCACAUGACCGACGGCAUGGUGGCGCUGUUGAACGAGUCCUACAGCCAGUGGCCGAGUCCACCGGAAAACUUCCCGACCUGCGGUCAUUACUUUGGUACGAAUGUGCUGCCCAAACCACAACAUCAUUUGUCCAAUACUUUGAUACCACAAGUAGCCGAAUGAUAAAUCUACAAAAAUAUGGACCAAGAUGACGUCACUUCACGCUAUUAGGUCAAGGGUGACGUCAUGUAAAAAAACUCGAACAAACAUGACGUCACUGUGUACAGAAAUACGAGUUAAUGCUAUAAAGACGUCAUGCUACUUCUGUGAUAUUUAUAGAUUUGGUUGUCUAUAAUGUAAUAAAUGUUAUUGUAUGAAUAUUUUAA